UCAGUCUGCCAUGGAAUGUCAGCCAGACAUCGGUGUCCUCGAUUUUACGCGAGUCCUUUCCUAAGCCAUGUCCUUUCCUUGUCGCGCUCCAUGCCUGGCUGGUAGUGAUUCGCUUUGCCAUUCGCUUCUUACUCCUAAUUGUCUCGCGCCACUAGCUAAGCUAGCUAGCUUGGUUAGCUAGGCUCGUUUCUGGACCCGGCGAAGCAGGAUGUCAGGAUGGUCGAGUCCCGUUUUUCGGGAGUCGCUCGAAGCUCUCGAGGACCCACACACCAGAAGAGGAUCCAUGGCGGCUUUAAGGCGCACGGUGCACGACGUGGCGCCGGAGGCGAUGCCGCGCCUGCUGCACCACGUGGCGGAGACGACGGGCCGCCACACCACCAGCAAGCGAUACGCCGUGUCGCUCUUCGCGGAGUGCGCGCGCACGUACGGGCAGCAGAUGGCGCUGCACGUGCCCAAGGUCAUGACGGCGCUCGUGCGCGCCCUCAGAGCCGGCGCCCGCCCCACCAACGGCGCCACCAUGGCGACCAGCGCCGCCUCGGCUGCUGGCGCUGCAGGGGGCACGCCUGGCGGCACUAGCAGCGGCGGCGGCGGCAGGAGCGCGGCGUCGCUGCACGCGGCGUGCGCGGACGUGGUGGUGGAGAUGGCCACGCACUGCACUGCGGACGACGACGAGGGCGCUGGCAGCACGGCGGCCACGGCAGAGACGCUCAUAGGUGGACAGCCAGGGGUCGCUCUUAAAGUCGCCUCGUCAGUGAUCGCUGCAGCAGCAAUGCUAUCAGCAUUGCCGUCAGCCCUAUCAACACUGCCGUUAGCCCUAUCAGCACUGCCGUCAGCCCUAUCAGCACUGCCGUCAGCCCUGUCAGCACUGCCGUCAGCCCUGUCAGCACUGCCGUCAGCCCUGUCAACACUGCCGUCAGCCCUAUCAGCACUGCCCACAGCCCUAUCAGCAUUGCCUUAUCUACAUCCAGCAGCAUCCUCUGCGCGGAUCGCCGCUGUCAUUCUUGGCCGGUCCACUCUCUUGCUGGCGGCCAUCUGUGAUCCGCUGGCAGCGGAGCUGGCGGAGCAGCACCAGCACCACGUGCAGCAGCAGCAGCAGCAGCAGCAGGCGGCAGGGGUCGGAGGAGGGGGUCAGGCGUUUGCAGGGGACGUGGAGCAUGACGCCCUGUCUGGCGCGGCUAAGUGCCUGCUGGCGCUGGCGCAGGCGGGCAAGUGGAAGCAGGUGCCCAAGGCCUCCCAGGAGCGGGUGUUCAAGGCGCUCACUGCAGCGCUCGGUGGCUUGCACCGCCCUCUCACGCUGCUCCAGCUGGCAGCAGAGCUCUGCCACCUGGACGCCAGCCUGGCGAAGUUCCAUGCAAAGACGCUGCUGCGCGCCGGCAAGGAGGUGCUGCGGGGGGCGAGCGCCGUGGACCACCGCUUCUACGCCGUGCGCCUGCUGAAGGAGGGCAUGCGCAGCUGCAGCGCGGCGGUGUUCCAGGCAGAGCUGAGGGACGUGGUGGCGCUGCUCAGGGACGCCGCCAACCACGCUCGCCUCAAGGACGAGGCGCUGGCUGCUGGCAAGGCCAUCAAGGACAAGAAGAAGCAAUUCCCCAGGGCUGGCGGCGCCUCUUCAGCCGUGAAGUCAGCAGUGCGAUCGCGACCCGACGCUGCCAGGCGGGCGGCGCAAGCAGAGCCCGGCAUGGCAGAUUCCCACGGCACUGCUGCUGCCGGCAGCAGCAGAGAGGGUGAGCAGAGGCAGCUGGGUGAGAGGCGGCAGCAGCAGCAGUGGGUAGAGGGAGAGUGGCAGUCCUCCACCUCGCCCACUCAUUCGGCCGUUUCCUCCUCAGCGGCCUCCAGCCCGCCUGCCAGACGCCUCCCCUCCUUCUCCCCGUUCACCACCGCUCCUGCUGCCUCACACCCCUCACACCCAUCCCGCCCCGCGGGGGACGCGGACCCCACGCUUUACUUCACUCCCGUGGGCGCUCUGCCUCUCGAAUCCUCCCUCCUGCACUCCUCGGCUCAAGCGGCAUCAGUAGCAGCAGCGGUGGAGCAGGCAGCAGCAGCAAAGGAGGGUUCGUCUUCUGCCUUCCAGAGCCCACCGCGUCAGUUCACUGCCUUCCAGGCCCAGGGGACCGCCAACCACACGUCCACCGCUGUGCACGGCAGUGCCAUUUCCACCGCAGCGCCCUCCAGCACGCUGCAGGCUCCCUACACCUUCCGCUCGCCGUCCUUCUCGCCCUUCAUCCCCUCGCCCUCUGUCUACCUCGGCCCAGGAGGCUCCACUCACGGUAAAGCUUUUGUCUCCCCGGGCCCUGGCGCGGCCAUAGAGAGCCCGGAUGGCGUGCGGUCAGUGCGGCGGAGAGUGUUUCAGGAGGACACGCCGGUGAGGGGUGUGCAGUGCGCCCCCUUCUCACCCGGCCUAGAUUCGCUCCAGUCGCCUCACAAGUCGUUUGGGUCGGCUGAGUCAAGCCAGCCGCCUUCGAGGAACACAGGCAAGAGUACGGGCAGGGUGGUGGAGCGCGGGGAGCAGGAGAAUGCGGGCGCUGGGAUGAGCUGGCACAAGGCUGUGGGGCCUCCUGCUGGCGGUGGCAGCGGUGGUGGGGAGAGGGAGUGCAACCCCGCGAGCGCCAGCAGCAAGGGCAACACAAAGGGCGCCUUCAGUCCCAGCCUGAGCCACGGCGGCAGGGGCGAGUUUGGGCGUGCCAAGUCGAGCUCCCCUUCGUCCACGAGAGGCAACUCGCCCAUGUACGAGCUGGCUGCCGCCUUCGUGCGCGCCAGGAAGUCCCCUGACCUCCUCGGCCGCGCGGGCGCACUCAGCCUCAACGCCGCCUCUCCAUCCUUCCCCAGCCCGUACCGCCUCGGAGGCAGCAGGAUGGCAGGGGGGGUGCUGGCCACUGCUGCUGGUGCUGCUGGCGGGGGGAUCAGUGGGAAUCCAAUGCGCACCACUCUCUCAGACUCCGCCAUGGCCCCCGACUCGUCCAGCACCAGUUUCUCCUUGCACCCCUCGCGCCGCUGCUCGCCCUUCACCUCGCCGGACGCCAGUCACCAGCCCUCCCGUUCGCACCUUUCCAGCUCACCGGACGUCAGCUCCCAGCCAUUCAAUAGGCAGCCGGUGGCGACGAGGCUGGCAGGCACAGCGGAGGGAUCAGGGGAGGCGGGGGAGGCGGGGUUCCUGCUGCAGCUGCGAGGCGCUGAUGGGGCGCACGGCAAGGCACAUGAAAACAGCAGCAGCGCUGGCAUUGGCAGCAGUGGGGUGUUUGUGCGGCUCAGUGGGGAGGUGGAGCACGCUGGGGGAGUUGGGGAGGCAUCACGGGGCGAGGGCAAGGGGGAGGGAGAUGGAGAGGGUGGAGGAGAAGGGGCGGUGGUGGCAGCAGAUGUGGGGAUGCGGGGAGAGGGGAGUGACGCGGAUAGGGGGGCGCUCGCACCCCAGGCGUCAGCGGCAGGCAGCUCGCCCGGCAGCACUGCAGCGCCAGGGGAGGGCAACCCGGGGCUCGGGGACGGGGGUGGCGAGUACGAGAGCUCGUCGGGCUUCUGCCGCCUCAUGUCCGACGCUGAGGUGGCGUCAGCGCUCGCCAGCCUGCCCGCAAGCAGCAAGCCCUCAGGCAGCAGCACGGCUGGCAGCCAUAGCAGCGCCAUCCCUGCAGACACCACCACGCACUGCGCCACUCUUCCCAUGGACCGCACUCCACCGCCCCUGCACCGCACCUCUGAGCCCCCCCCACCCUCCAACACACAGCCGCCUGCCUCGCUGCUCUUUGCGCCGCCACCUCCCAUCCCAGCCAGCAUGCAGCACAUCCCGCCCUGCCAGCCGCGCACACAGCAGGAAGAAGGCGCAGGGCAGAGCGGUGAAGAGCGGUGGUGGGAGCAGCAGGGAGAGGGAUGGCAGCAUGGGCAGGGGAGCGCGAGCAGGGGGGAAGCGGGUGAGGGCGAGGGGGAGCAGCGCGAGGCACAGGGCGAGGGACGGGGGGGGCUGUACCAGUUUGGGUCGAGCUGCCUGUCGCCCCCUGGCAGCAUCGGCCGGUGGGCGCUCCAGGGGAAGGCGCCCCCCCCCAUGGCCCUCUUCACAGAGGGAGGGAGUGGCGCCACGUCAGCCAGAGACAGUGCCACGUCCGCAAGAGGUAGCGUGGCAUCAGGCAGAGGAGGUGGAGACGCGGCGGCGCUUGGCAGCUCGCAGUCGCUGCGGGCCAGGCUGCAGCUGGUGAAGGCGGCUGGCGGGCUGAGCAAGCCGCGAUAUUCGUCCCCCAUCCGUCCCGACGACCUGGACUGCCCCGUGCCGCUCACGGCCCUCGCCAGGAGUCUGCAGCACACGCCUGUGAGCGAGGGCGAGGUGGACGUGCUGCUGCACCAACGCCCCUGCAGGGGGGCUCCCGACAGCCCCAGGGGCACAGAGUCAACGCGCAACAGUCCUGUCGUUGCCAGGCCCAAUGCCCCCACUGCUCCCACUGGCGCCACUCCCACUGCGACCACCACACCCGGCAGCAACAGCAGCGCCAACAGCGGUGCGAGUGGCAGCGUGUCUCCCUUCCCGCAUAUGUGUGGCAGGGUGUCUCCCUUCCCCCAUAUGUGUGGCAGCAUGCUGGCAGCGCCGUGGAGCAUGCGCACCAACCCCAUGGCUGACACGGCGACGCACAACAGCAACCAUGCUGGUGGUGCUGCUGCCGAUGACGCUGGUGGUGGUGACGACACAGACGCAUGGGAGGAGGAGGUGCAGGAGGAGCAUAGUGAGCUGGAGGCCACUGCGAGGGAGGAGCAGCAGGUGGUGGAGCAGCUGCAGCAGUGCGUGCAGGGGAUGGGGGGGGAAGAGGCGGAGAGGGAGGGAAGCGGGCGCAAGGAGAGGGCGCAUGAGACGACAGCUGGCACACAAGCAAGGCCAGGUGCAACGACGGAGGAAGGCGAGGGAGCGGAACAGACGCAGCAGCAGCAGCAGCAGCAGCGGUGCCAAGCAGUGAGUGGAGAAGCAGGGGCGGCUACAGAGGUCUGGAACCGAGUCACUGGCGGCACGACGAUCGACGCGGGCAGCAAGACAUGCGACGGUCGUAACGCCGUUGGUGCGCGCGCAGAUGCUGCUGCUGGGCUGCUGGCGAGAAGGAGGGGCGAUUCUGACAAGGCGGGGAACCCUGGGUUGAAGGGAAAUGGCUCCGGGGGCGACUUGAGCCACUCCUCUGAGAUGAGUGGAGCGCCGCAUGGGGCUGAGAGUGACAGUGACGGGGAGGAGGAGGGGGGAGGGGAGGUGGAGGGUGAGAGGGGGGUGAUGGCAUGGGUGCUAGCGCUGAUCGCAGCGGCUGAGAGGGGGGUGGAAGGGGUGUUGCAGGUGCUGCUGCUGGCUGUGCUCGUGCUGCUGCUCGCACUGGUGGGCGGGCGGGUGGCGCAGGUGCUGCAGACCGCCACACCCGAGGGGGACGACUUUGUGCCGACGUAGCGGCGGGCACAGCACCAGUGCGGGCCACACGAGGCGGAGUGAACGGAACGAUGGGACGUCUGGCAACACCGCAGAGCAGAGCAUGCGUACCGUGGUCAUUCAGCCAUGCCCACUGCGGCUGUCCGCCCUGCCCUGCUCGCACUCACCCCCAUGGCAGCGCACACCCACGGUCCACAUGCCCACCCCACCAUGUUCCAUCGUAGCACCGCACCCUCUGCCACGAAGCCAUGGAGCUGACACUGACUGACACCUGAGCACACCCUGAGGGAGAGCACAUGAGACCACUUGAGCACCUGAUACCACAUGAGGGCACCUGAGAGCACCUGAGUGCACCUGAGCACCUGAGAGCACCUGAGAAGAGGUUGCAGUUUUGUUGUGUGAAGGAAUGUCCAUGGUGUGGUGCCAGGCACACGGUUGAGAGGUCCCAUCCCAUCCCAUCUGAGCCGAGCUCCUGGACCGACCCACUGCUGCACGCGGUUUAUGCUCACCUGCCGAACAGCGGAAAUGCGCGCCUUGAUGUGCUGCCUCGUUUGAUGUGAAGCCCCCCCUUGCCUUCCCCAGUGCCUCGCACUGCAUGCUCACGUCACGGACCUUAUCCCCGCUGUUGCUGUGUGCCUUCUCCCCGCCAUGUAGGAUUUGAUGCGCAAGCAUGAGGGCUGUCCAUUGUGUAAUGUUGUCAUGAUGGGUUCAUAUAGCCUAGACUUGUGCUGUGCACUGUAACCAGACUCGUUGACUGAAAGAGGU